GGCGCAGGGCUGGCCGAGCGGUGCAGCAGAGCACGGUGGCUGAAGGCGCAAUCAUUCACUUUUAACAACCGGGUUUCAUUUUUCCAGAGUCACAAGAGAGCGUUUUUGCAAGUAUUUUAUCUCUUGGCUGAAGAAACAUUUAUGUGGGAAACUUUUCUUUUGCAAAGUUUGAUACACUGCUGCUCAAUUCACUCAAGAGUUAUAAGAGGCUGGUGACGCGUCUCCUUUUCACAGAUACAAUGGAUCUCGUGGUGUUGGUGGCAUUAAGCUCCUGGCUGGCUCCUGCACUGGGAUCAGGAUUUGGCAGGGAAGUGUUUGCUUCAGCAGCAGACGAUGGCAAAGAUUAUGACAGUGCUUUUCAAUAUGAUUAUGAAUCCCUGCGAAUUGGUGGCUUGAUUUUUGCCGUGCUACUGUUCGUCCUGGGCAUCGCUCUCAUUGUCACUCGAAAGUGCAGCUGUUCAAAGAGCGACAAGUCAAGAUCCAGGACUCCUGAUGUGGAAUCCAGUGGCCAGAAGGAAAACCUGAGGUCUGCUGAGUUCACACUGAAGGCAUUAAACUCCCCUCCCUGCUGUGCAAUCCGGCUUCUCCAUUCACACACGGGCAUCCACCACAACCCAGCAACUUGCUACAUUUCCAGGAAAUCUCUCCAUCAUCCCUGCAGUGCAGCCAUGGCAACCACAGAAGCAAUGUUUCAAGACCAGAGUGAUUUUGAAUAUGAUUAUGAGACAUUGCGGACCACAGGAGUUAUCCUCGCCGUUAUCAUGUUUGUCGCUGGCAUUUUAAUAGCACUGAUUCCAACUCUUCUGGAACCCCAAUUCCAAAGACAGAGGUUCCUCCUCCAGCUGUAUAGAAACUGUAACAUGCUUGAAAGAAAGAAAGAUGUCAUCACGGGAUUUGGAAGCAUUAACAAACACCAGCUGUGACUAUUCCUCUUAUAUACCUCUACCAGCUGGAUGAUUAAUAAACACAGAUUUCAUCCAUACUCCAAUCCAAAAUCAUUCCCAUACUCGAGACUGCACAUGAUCAAACAGAUGCGACAAGUGUGGAUUCUCUUCCAUAUAUUUUAUUGCUGUAAAACAAUAAAAUUCAGAGCAUGAAUACAAAAUGAGGCAUUUGUCCCGUUCCUUGAUUUAUCAUAAUUGUAUGUUCCAUCUGGAUUGAAAUAGCUUAAGAAUACAAUAAAUAGAAUAAAUCACAUGUUAAAUGCUUGAAAUGAAUCGCUUCAAAAAAUUAAGACAACAUACCAUAAUGCCUCACAUACUAAAAUAGCUUUAAAAAGGCAGAAAUAUUAUAUUUGAGAUCCUCAAAUUUUCUGUGGACCCUUGUAAAAAAAGUUGUUAGAAUGUGUAACUCUAU